AUGCAUAUAAGGCCUACUCCUCGAAGACCUGGCAAGACGUGCAGGCUUGCUGUGUUCUUGGGUUCAGGUGGACACACAAGUGAAAUGCUAGCACUGGUGUCCGCGCUCGACUUCACUCGAUAUACACCUCGCACCUACAUUGUCAGUGAGGGCGACACGCUCAGUGCGCAGAAGGCCGUCGAGCUCGAGAAGUCACGACAUGACUCAGCCGAGUCUGACAAGAACGGGUCAUCGUACAUCCUCACUAUCCCCCGAGCUCGACGCGUACAUCAGAGUUUACUCACUACCCCGUUCAGUGCGUCGAAGACACUUCUAGGAUCAUUGCUUUAUAUGACCGUCCCUGCGCUGCGCCGAAGGUUCCAAGACGUACCAGAAGUGCUCUUGCUGAACGGACCGGGGACGUGCUUCGUUCUAUGUGUUGCUGCGCUGAUAAAUCGCAUGCUGGGUCUGCCGUCGCCGAGAAUCAUAUAUGUGGAGUCAUUCGCUCGCGUCAAGUCUCUCUCCCUAUCGGGCAAAUUGCUACGUCCCAUCGUAGAUAGUUUCAUCGUACAGUGGCCAGACGCUCUAACAGCCGGGGAACAAGGGCCUUCCGGCGCGGCGUGCUCACGGACUCAUGUUGCUAGAUGUGCUCUUCAAAAUAUCCUCGACUCCCCUGUCGGCUUCAUCGCCGAGCGGCCCGAAGUGUAUCUACUUCUCAUCUUCGCGGAGUACACCUCCGAGAACAAAUCAAUCUUCUUAUAUCGACUCGCAAUUUGCCCUAACGUGGACCAUCUGAGAUCUCAUGAGUGGCGGGGCUAG